AUGCAUCGAAUCAAGCACGUAGUUAGAAUGGCGUCAUCGUCCAGUACAAAUGCGACUAUCGCUUCAAGGCAUACACAAUACAGUCAUGCCAAAACAGGCGGAUUCAGUCAGGAGGCUCCCACUUUACACAAUCCAUACAGAGAUGACCCAAUUCUUGACCGCGUUCUCCGUCGUCUGCUUCCUGAAUCCCAAUAUGUGAAAGUUUCUGCUGAUUUGACCAAGUUUGGAGAUCGCAUAACUUCGGAAAUUGAACAUUUGGGUAGACAAGCUGAAUUAGAACAACCGAGACUGGAACAUCAAGAUGCAUGGGGAAAAAGAAUUGACAAAUUGGUUGUCUGUAAUGAAUGGCAAAAAUUAAAACACAUUUGUGCUGAAGAAGGUGUUAUCAGUAUUGGAUAUGAGAAUGAUGUGGAUCCAUUUGUUCGUCGUAUUCAUCAAGUAGCCAAGCUUUUCCUCUUCUCUCCAUCUGCCGGUCUUGUAUCUUGCCCAAUGGCUAUGACGGAUGGAGCAGUCAAAACUCUUACGUCUCUAAACCUCUACGGGAAACACAAGCUCGCUACAGAGGCUGUCGAUAGACUGAGAUCUCGUGAUCCAACCAGCGCAUGGACAAGUGGACAAUGGAUGACUGAAAAGAAAGGAGGAAGUGAUGUUGCAGGGGGUUGUGAUACUUAUGCAGUUCAAAUCGAAAACGAUACAUAUCGUUUGAAUGGAUACAAGUGGUUCAGCAGUGCAAUCGACGCGGACGUUGCAUUAACUUUGGCAAGAAUUGUCGAUUCAGACGGGAAUGCAGUUGAAGGUUCUCGUGGAUUGUCGUUAUUCUUGCUUAGAAUACGUGAUGACAAUGGAAAUUUGAAUGGGAUUCAAAUGGUUCGUCUGAAAAAUAAAUUGGGAACGAAGCAGUUGCCGACUGCGGAACUUCUUCUCGAUGGAGCUAUUGCGGAGAGAAUCGGAGAACCAGGACGUGGAGUUGCUGGAAUUUCAAAUAUGCUAAAUAUUACUCGUAUUCAUAAUGCUGUUGCAUCUCUUGGAUACAUGAGAAGAAUAAUUUCUCUGGCCAGAGACUACUCUACAAAACGUGUUGUAUUCGGACAAACACAGUCUAAAUGGCCUCUUCACACCACAACUCUUGCUAAAAUGGAAGUCGAAACCCGUGGAUCAAUGCUUCUUCUCUUUGAAUCUGCUCGACUUCUUGGAUUAUCGGAAGCUGGAAAGAGUAGUGAUGUUGAUGCAAUGAUGCUUCGUCUCAUCACUCCUGUUCUCAAAUUGUAUGCUGGAAAACAAGCCGUACCUCUAGUUUCCGAAGGAAUAGAGUGUUUUGGUGGUCAAGGAUACAUGGAAGAUACUGGACUACCAACUAUUCUUAGAGAUGCUCAAGUGACUCCAAUAUGGGAAGGAACAACAAAUGUAUUGUCACUUGACGUUCUUCGCGUGUUCUCUGGAAAAGAAAAUAUUCUUCUCGCAUUUGGAAAACGAGUUUCCCAACUUCUUUCCAAUACGAAGUCAGAAGAGCCAAAACUCCAAAAAUCGAAGGAAUCGAUUGAAUCCGCACUGAAAGAACUUCAAAAACUUCUUGUGAAAGCAAGCGAUUCCGCAGUUCAAGGAGAAACUCGAAUCGAUACUGUAGCUCGUCACAUCUCUUUUGCAAUCGCCCGAAUUUAUUCCGGAGCACUUCUCAUCGAUCAUGCUUCCGAUUCCACAGUUGCUAAUCAAUCCGAUAUUGAGGUCGCUUAUCGUUAUUGCUGUGAACAGCCACUGAUUGAUCUUCGAUGGGAAUGGUUUGCGAACGAAAGAGUGAAAUCUGACAGAGCGAUCGUGUUUGACAACUAUUUGGGACUUCAGAAAAGCAAGAUCUAA